GUACUGCUCGACACCAUGGGACCGAGGUCACAGACGCGGGGAUUUUCCCAAAAUGGCGGCAAACUUGUUCGUGGGUUGGAAAAGUUGACGGGAGUUUUACGAACUGCAGAAGUAGCCAAAUAAGUUUUGAGUGGAUUAGUGUCGAGAGCUACAGUCCACUGAAGAUAACGGUGUGGUGGACAUAAGUUGGUUGUCGCGGAUAGACAUUUGCUACUAGUAUUAUUCUGUCAGCAAAAUGGCGAGUUGCUCCAGUCCGCCCAAAAAGAGACCCAAACUGUCGCUGAAGUUCAUGAGGAAAGAUCGACCCGCUGCAGCAGACGAUGAUGAUGUCGCUCAGACAAGUAGCAGCGGCAGAACUGGACACAACAGUGCCCCAAAUGGGCAAUCCAACUCGACAAGCAGUGCGGCGGCCGCAGACCUCCCCACCGCCCAGACCUCAAGCUCCAGGGACGGCCAGGCGGAGUUGGUCCGCUCCCCUCCCCCGCCGUUCGCCGGCCUGCAGAACCUGGGCAACACCUGCUACCUGAACAGCGUGCUGCAGGCCCUGCGCUUCUGUCCAGGGUUCUGUCAGGGGUUGUGUCGGCUGGCCAGUGUGUGGGAGAGGGUGUCGACGGAGCAGGGCAGAGUGAAGGAAGGGGGCGGGGACAAUGAUGACAGGCCAGGGGGCGGACAAGAGAUACAGUUUGUCUUGAACUUAAAGAAGCUGUAUGACAAGAUGUCAGCCAAGGAAGCCAGUUACCUCGCUAGUCCAUCAUCCGAUGCCUCUAUCUCCCUCUCUCCUGAUGAGGUCUUGGAGACAGUCCGGGAUCUGAACCCGAUGUUCCAAGGCUUCUUACAGCAUGACUCCCAGGAGCUGCUGUGCUGCCUCCUCAGCUACAUCCUAGACGCCUGUCAGAAUCUCAAGAAGCAGCUCGUCAAGUUGCGUCCUCCGUCCCCUCCAGCUUGUAUCAAAGAUGACGUUGUGGUGCCAACACGCGAGUCCUGUAAAGUGAGCGGACUUGAAAAGCGUUCGGCAUCCGACAAAGUGGCGAGAGGACCCGCCAAGACGGAAAGUCCAACAGGAACCUCGCAGGUGAAUGGCAGACUCGAUGUCAACUCCUCAGUGUGUGAUCAGAAAGACUCUACAGUGAGUGGAAACGGGGGCGGCGCGGCGGGUGUCAGGAACGGGAAGAAAACACCCCAACGGCGAUCUCGGACAACGAGCAGUGAUUCUGUCGUCGGUAAGACCGCAAAAAGUUCGUCUGAGGUUGGUAAAACGAACGGCGACCUGGUCAAUGGAUUCGUAGAUCAUCCGCCGGGUGACGGUUCUGAAGACGCCAAGGGGUGCAGCACGAAGCAGGACAUCUCGGUCAAGAAAAAGCGAUUGGGCAAAUUUCGCAUUUCUGCCAACCAGACGACUUUGUUAACGGCCUUCGCAGCCCACAAGAAAGAAACCAUACCCCCGAACGGGGUAAGGAAAGACCUUGAAAACGAAAUUAGCAAUGCACAGGUGAACGGAGACGAUACCGCAGUGAACGGUGUAAGUGAAUCUUGGGAACCUGUCGACCAGCAACAAGCAAACCAGUCCUGUGCAACAAAAUCAGAAACUGAAUCAAAGGCCAGUUGCGCCAAAGCAUCGGUGAACGGCAAGGGUUGCGUCACUCUCAAGCAGACAUUUUCAAAACUGUCAGUGGGUUCCGGAAGUGCGGAAAGCCCAUCUGUAUCUUCAGAAACCGGGAAGAAGGGUUCACCAGACUCGUGGGCCAGGACCAUGGAGGAAGAGUUGGAUCUGAUCCGGGGGCUGUUCCAGGGAUGCCUGCUGCUGAGAACAAGAUGCAAUGAGUGCGAGAGCUACUCGGAGAGAAGGGAGGAGUUUCAAGACAUCAGUCUGCCGGUGCGCAGUAUACCGAGGGGCACUGGGGAUGAGGAGGGUGCUGGCAUGCCAGAAGUUUCUCCAGCAGACCUGUCCCUGAGCUGGGCCAUCUCGGAGUUUGCCUGCGUGGAGAGACUGACGGACGACAACAAGUAUUUCUGUGAGCAUUGUCACCAUCACGCCGAGGCCGAGAGGAGCAUGCUGUUUGGAGAGCUGCCCCCGGUCCUGACCAUCCACCUCAAGAGAUUCAGUGCUUUCGCUGGCUUUUUGACAGCAGACAGCACCGUGUCAAAGGUCAACGACCACCUGGCCACUCCCCUCUCCCUCUGCCUGAGCCAGUGGUGUGCCAAGCAGUGCAAGCAGCUGCACUGCCGCUACGACCUCUGCGCGGUGGUCAUGCACAGCGGGGUGUCCAGCUCCAGCGGUCACUACAUCAGCUACGUCCAGAUACCGGACCGCGACCACGAAUCGCCGGAGCCAACAAACCUGCAGUCGCCGGGAGGGGCGGAGUCUCGCGAGCCCAGCUGGGGGAAGUUUGACGACGAGAAAGUCAGCGUGCUGUCGCAGCAGGAGUUGGCCUCCUCGGUCUUGCACCCCGUCUCCAGCUCGGGCAGUGCUGCGACACCCUAUCUGCUGUUCUACAGGCAGGUCCAGGGAUCUGACUUAAACUGAUACCUUGACUCCUACUGUUUACUGGCAUACUGAGUGAUUGGGAUGUUAUCUGGGUCACCAGACAUGUUGAAGAAAUUCUAUGCACAUGCCUUUUUUUUUUCAAUGUUGAAUAUUCAUUUCUCAGAGAAAAUGUAACUGUCAUAGGGUUCAGUUGUUAAUAAUUGGAAUGUGUUAAUGGUCCUUAAAGUGAACGCCCAUUAGUUGUUUGUGCCGUUACAUGGAAAGUAUGCAAAUCCCAAUUGUUUUAUCAUUUUUUUCUUCUUCAAAUUUCAUGCGCUGUGACCAAAUGAUUGUUUUUAACUGUUUUUUGUGUGUACUUCUCCCGCACAGAUACUAGUAGUGGGAAUAAGAUCCGGAUUUUUUUUAAAUUUUUUUGAAUCCCACUAUUCAAUUUGGAUUUAAAAUACUU